AUGGCGACCAUUUCAACAGAGAUUGAGAUUGGGAUUGAGAUUGAGACAAGAGAUACUAGUUCAAGGGAGUGCUUUCUGACAUACACUGUGCCUGGGGGGCGCCAAGUGACCGGAAACGAGAAGCAAUAUUGUACUUUCCGGAUGCCACUCCACUAUCCGAGCUACAAGAAAACCGACUACGAGAACAUGUCGGAGUGGAAACUGGACUGCCUGCUGAAAGAGUAUGGACUUCCGGUUAUUGGAGAUGUCAACCAGAAGAGAAAGUUCGCCAUGGGAGCCUUCCUUUGGCCUGAUCAGUAUGAAUGA